AACAGCAUUGACGUCUCAAGAUCGUGCUUAAGCUGGAACUUGAAUAAGAUUCGACUAUGAAUUCCGGCCUUAAGUCUAGCUUGGAGCCGACUUGAGAUUUACUUAACCUAUGAAAUAACAGCAUUGACGUCUCAAGAUCGUGCUUAAGCUGGAACUUGAAUAAGAUUCGACUAUGAAUUCCGGCCUAAAUGUUAAACAAGGAUAAAACUACACCUGAGGACACUCGGGUGAGGAAUCUGAACCAAUCUGAACGCACCCUUACACCCUGAAUAGGAGCAUGUUGGGGCAUGUGACGCGAACAGACCCAAAGUGAUUAACCCAGGCCGGUCGAAAACGCUAAAAAUUUGUACUUAUCACUUGUCCUACAAAAUAAGAAAAUUGUAAAAAAUGGUCAUAGCUAUUGGAUUUGAAGGUAGCGCAAAUAAAUUGGGUAUAGGAAUAAUUCGCGAUCAACACAUAGUAUCGAAUGUGCGACAUACUUACAUUACCUCACCAGGAGAAGGUUUUUUGCCUCGAGAGACAGCCCAACAUCACAGAAAACAUAUAUUAGAUGUCUUGCAAAAGGCCUUGGACGAUGCAAAGAUCAAUCUGAAAGAUGUGGAUGUUAUUUGUUACACAAAGGGGCCAGGAAUGGGGGCACCAUUGACAGUCGCUGCAUUAGUAGCUAGGACUAUCGCCCAAUUAUACAACAAACCUAUGGUUGCGGUUAAUCAUUGCAUUGGUCAUAUUGAAAUGGGACGUUUGAUCACCGGUAGUGAAAAUCCUACCGUUUUGUACGUUUCUGGUGGAAACACUCAAAUCAUUGCGUAUUCUCAACAAAGAUAUCGUAUUUUUGGUGAGACAAUCGAUAUAGCGGUUGGAAAUUGCCUCGACAGAUUUGCACGACUGCUAAAGCUUUCGAAUAAUCCUUCCCCUGGAUAUAACAUAGAGCAGUUAGCAAAAAGUGGGGAGAAACUGGCGUCAUUACCAUACGUCGUAAAAGGAAUGGAUGUAUCGUUCUCUGGUGUUUUAAGCUACAUAGAAGAACGCCUUUCUGAUUGGCUCGAUAGAAAAGAAUUUACUAUUGAAGAUUUAUGUUUCUCCUUGCAAGAGACUAUAUUUGCCAUGCUCGUCGAGAUUACAGAACGGGCAACGGCACAUGUGGGAUCAAACGAGGUGUUGAUUGUAGGCGGUGUAGGAUGUAACAAAAGAUUACAAGAAAUGAUGGGUGUCAUGUGUAAGGAAAGGAAUGCGACUCUUUAUGCAACGGACGAGCGGUUCUGCAUAGAUAAUGGUGUUAUGAUUGCGAUUGCCGGAUUGCUUCAAUACAAAUGCAAGGGUAAUACUCCUUGGAUGCAAACCACUUGUGUUCAAAGAUAUCGAACGGAUAAUGUGUAUAUACCUUGGAGAAAAUAAACUAUUUUUAAGAAAA